CUGGACUUGCAGCUGCAAGACGAGGCCGGUGGUGACAUUUCAAGUUUCAUAACGAACGGCGAAUGGGAUCUGCUAGGCGUGCCCGGUAAACGAAAUGAAAUCUACUAUAAUUGCUGCCCAGAACCUUAUAUUGACAUAACGUUCGCCAUUUUAAUACGACGGAAAACUUUGUACUAUUUU